GUGCGUAGAUGCUUUAGAGACCACAGACAUCGUUUUAAAUAGGAAAUGGUUCUCAGCACUUCCUCUCUGAACUAAGAGAACCUUAAACACUGUAAUGACUGCAAACUGCAUGUCUAGCCCUUAAUCUUUCAUAAUGUGCUGCAGUUAAACCAAUUCUCCUCCAAACUGAGUGUUCAGCAGUGUUAUUGUAUUUCUUCUCUCUGCUGGGGAACUGGUUUUAUCAAACAUUUUCGGAACAGCAAAAAAAAUAAAUCAGUUAGAAACUUUGUGAAAUGUUCAACAUGUUUGAUCCGACUGAAAUCUCUCUUACAUAAAUUACACUUUCUAAUUUGGUACGUGUCUCAUGCAAACCCAGGUGUGCCCGGCUCCUGCAGCACCCAUCUGGCAGGCUUAAUUAGGUAGGAUGGUAAUUAUGCUGCUGUCCGGCAAGAGAUCAAAUCAGCUUCCACCUCAGGGCCUCAGAGCAGAUCUGCUUCCGUCUUCCCUGCAGAUACACACUUCUGAACUCCACCUCAUCUCUGUAACACGUAGACAAGGAGUUGCUGCCACGAAUACACCGACUCUUCAGCGGCCACUUGUAUCCGGUUUGAAGAUGGAAUCCUUUAUUGAAAAGGGUUGCAACAAUGGUAAACACAGCUUUUGUCAUUACCUGAGACCUCAAAGAGCUUCAUUGGUGGGUAAUCCACACUUGUUGUUUUAAAGGGCAGUGAUUCUGGAUUACUGCUGUUAUUGAUGUCACCUGUCCAAAGAAUACCAACUGUUUCAUUGUCAGGAAUCUAUUAUCAGCCACAACGUUAGAGACGGUUUUAAUUAACUUCUCAGCAAAACAGCACUCUUGCACACUGCAAGAGGUCCAUCCAAUGGCCUUCUAGUGCUAUUUACUCAUUUCCUGAACACAACAGGAGAAAACCAAUUCCACGUGGCCAACCUGGCACAUCCCUAACGGUAUAAAAGCAGGUGAUAAGGUCUCACGAUCAGAAGAACGAAGCAACAUCUCCGAAGAGAACCUCAUUCAAGAAGACUGUCUUGCAUCUCCUGGAAGAUCCACAUCAUGAGACCAUCAGUCAUGCCCGUCAUCUUCACGGCAGCACUCUUAUUCGAGUGCUUUGCUCUGUCUGUGGCAUUACCCAUGGCCAAGACUGAAGACAGCUCGCUGGAACAAGAUGGUUUCACUCCGCUUCUGAGUGACGAGGUGACAGACAACAGCCUGGGUGAGUUAGAUCUGGCAGAAGCCAUCAAAACCCGAGGCCAGAGAGUGAUCAUCAUUGCCGACCCAAGCCUGUGGAGGGAACUGCGGGCGCUAAACAGCGGAAUGUCUCUGUAUAAGCGCAGAGCUGACGAAAACGGUCCGGCACCGGAGCACAGAGGAGGCAGCCAGGAUCUGAGCAUCCCCAUCCUGAGGAGGGACACGAUGAGGUGCAUGGUGGGACGAGUGUACCGGCCCUGCUGGGAAGUCUAAGGCGGUUUGAUCAGACCAUCAAGGUGCCGAAAACAGUGGACAACUGCAACGUCUUCUCCUGUCUCACUCCGAGCUGUAUCAUAAUCUAAAAUCUAUGUAUCUAUAUCUAAAUAUCUGCUAAUAUAAGAAUUAAAGCUACUGAAUUCUACCUUA